AAACAUAGCAGAAUGACGUAAGAACAAGGCGAAAACGAGCAACAGCCUUUCGUUUAUAAUUGUACACACCAGCGCGAAAUUGACAGUGCAUGAUAAAAACUACAAUUACCACAAGGCUUUGCGACACGAGGUGACGUGGCCAGCGUUCCUCAACAGACCGGGGCGAUUUGAACUUCAUCAUUUAUUUUACGUAAUUUUACAUCACAAUGUCCGGGAAAAUCAAGAGCAGGAGCGCUGCAAAUGCCGACUCGAUAGCGGGCAGUGUGUCCUGCGACGAGCGCAUCCUUCGGGAUUGCCAUCAGAUGUACACUGAUCCGGACAGUGGACUGAUAGCGAUCGCUGAGUCGGUCGGGGUGACCUUGCUGCCUCCCCGCAAAAAAAUAUCUGUGAUGUUGAUGGGCAACCACUCAGCUGGCAAGAGCUCGUUUAUUAAUUGGUAUGUUGAGGAGCAUAUCCAAAGGACAGGGGUUGCUAUAGAGACGCAGGGCUUCAGCUUGGUUACAAGUGGGCGAAAGAGAGAAUCGCUCACGGGAAAUGCAACGCUGCAUCUGUACCCUCACUUCAAACCACUGCAGGAAUUCAAAGGAGUGUCAGAAUAUCUUGGCACUGAGAUUUGUACUUCGCGACAGAAACGUUUCAGCUUGGUGACUUUUGUUGACACUCCUGGACUAGUGGAUGGAGAUAUGAAGUACCCCUUUGAUGUGGACCAGGCUAUCCUGUGGCUUGGUGAUCUGUGUGACCUGAUCCUGGUCUUCUUUGACCCUAUGGGACAGGCUUUAUGCAAGCGCACACUCAACAUUGUAGAGAAACUGAAUGAGAAACAUGGAGACCGUCUUCGUUUCUAUCUUAGUAAAGCUGAUGAGGCUGGUGGAGAGUCUGAUCGACAAAGAGUUAUGAUGCAAAUUGUACAGGAGCUUUGCAAGCGUCCAGGACUGAACAAAUGUGGCUUCGACAUGCCCACUAUCUAUGUGCCCAACCCAAAUAAGCCCAGUCGAUGUGUCAAUCAGAUUGAUGAGGUGUGUCGCACUAUAGAGAAGACCAUUAACCAGACGGUGCAGAACACGCUUAACUCGAUGGAGAAGGACUGUAACCAUAUCACUGAGGCCAUUACUGAGACGCUCGAUAAUGACAGGCAGUGCGGCAUACAAAACCGUCGAGCACGCUUUAAGGGCUGCGUUUUGGGGAUGCUUGGAUUCACUGUGCCCCUGCUGCUGCUUGUUAUCCUUGUGCUUGGUACCCUAUCCAAAGAGAUGUUGGUACUGAUGCUGGGUGAUACCGGCACAGAGGCACUCUCGUUAUAUGUGGCUCCUGCUGUAAAAGCAUUUGAGUCCCUGUCAAUAGAAGUUCAGCUGUACAGUUGUGCCGGAUUGGUGGUGUUGUCCUUCAUCUUCCUCCUCCUUGCACGUUUAUCCUUCAGGACUAAGCCAACACUCUCUGGUAAGCAAAAAAGACAGCUUCAAGAAAAACUAGAAUAUGUCCAGGAAGCAGUCAAGUCCAAAAAGAAAAAUCUCUAUGAGGAGUACUUGCGGCAGAGUGUGGCUGAUCAGGACAUGCAUUGAGGGAUAACUGAAGUCUUCCGGAAUGUGGAUAGGAAGAACAAAACCUAACCCAGAAGUAGACCACUAAACUGCCUCUAAUCAUACUCGUACUGUAGAGGACACAUCCAAGCUGUUUCAUGGACACUUGCACACUACUCUGUGUAUCUUAUAGCUCUUAGACUUACCACAUUUAGCAUUAUUUAAUGAUGAAACUGGGGACCAAUACUGUGUUUGUUUUUUUUACUUUUAGUCAUUGCAAUAAAAUAAUGGUACUGUACAGGUAAAUUGAAGGACUGCAUUAAAGCAUCUGCAUUGUCCUCUCUGGGAUUAGAAGUUUUUAUCCAAGUAUUAUCUAUGUUGUACCUGAAAUGUAUCAUGUUUUAUGAGUGAGAAGCCAUUUGUAUGUGACACAUGCAUUCUAACAUUUACAAAUGCUCCGUAUUUAAUCACAUCAUGGUCAAUUUUACUAAAAAUAUUGAAACUGCUUUUGUAUACCAUGGUUUCCUACAUUUUUAUGUCAACUGUUACUGAUUAUAAUAAAACAUUGUAAGUGUA